AUGUCCAGUCCCGCUACGAGGCGAGCCAGCCAUCCCUCCGGCGGCUCCACCGCGCCCAGUGUCGUUUGCCACUUCAUGCCUGACAUGGACCCGCUCUGCGUCCGGCUCGGUCAACCGCCGAUGGGUAUCAUGGGCGUCGACGUCGCUGCAUUGCGCAGGAGGCAGUUGACGGACCAAGAGCAGCGGAUGGUGGCGGAAAAGCUGGGAGCGGGGUUCACAAAACAGCUGUCGGCGACAACCGGGUUUAAGGACAGGGUGGAUUGGAGGGUCAGCGGGGAGACGCCGGUAUGCGAGGCGUGCGGCUCCGGACCUCCCUUCGGGUCGGAGAUGGCGGUGUCUUGGGCGCUCAAGGACUUUUUCGAGGGGCAGAGGGACUGGAGUUGCGCUCGAUUUGGCGACGGAGGCGGUACCCGUCUUCGAACCUGGUACGCUGUCCAGUACGGUCUCGCCUGCCACCCAUGGCCCCGUGUCCAGCAGCACGCAUCGAAGGACCAGCAUAGGAUGAGGUUCAACGAGCAUCAAGAGCGCGACUUCACCAAUCCAAUCCAUCAUCCAUACUUCAUCUCGGUCUCAGCCAACAUGCUCGGACAAGGGCUAGAGGCCUUCCCCACCGAGAUAUGGAUCAGAUGCAUCGGCCACACGCGGAAUCCGGUACCUCCUGCCCUCUCACAGGCUCCUCGGUCCGACCUUCGUCAGCCAACGUUGUGCGCGGUGACAAGAGCUUGUAAACUCUUCAACGAGAUCGCACAACCCUUCCUCUACAAGACCGUCGUGACGGAUGACCUACCCCUCUUCCUACGCUUUCACUCUCAUCCCACCUAUCGCAAGUCUAUCGCACACACCACACAUCUCUACGUCGAGUACCGAGGCGAGCGAGCAUCCGUUCCUUACGGCUGCCUCUUGCUUCACGGGAAGACGUAUUGGAGGCACGUCGGAUCCAGGGAGGAAAGGGCCGGACAGGAGGCGCUUUCGUUGAGGGAUUGCGAACAGGAGAUCGCCGACAACAGCGCCGCCCUCGCAAACUUGAUCAAACAUGGCGAAACCCGGAUAUUCUUCCCAAAUCUCGGCAAUGUGGCGAUCGGCUCGAUCUACGGUACCGUGUCCAGUGUCUGGGGGCGCUUUGACAAAGAUUACUGGAGCGUACACGGCGAUAGCGCGGAGGAACCUGCGUCUGGCUGCCACGAGCUCUUUGAGAAGUUCAUCGCCCUCAGCCGGAUUGCGCACGUAUGCUUGCGGGACACCGUCGGCCCGCUCAAUAUCCGGACCGUCGUAGCCCCGGUCGCGGCACGCGCAAAGGCCUUCUCCAUCCUCCCCCAAACUCCAAUCGUUACCGCCCAUAUCCGCAAUCAUGGCGAUCAAUUUUGCGUCGGCCUGGGUCGACCUGUGCGGUGGGUGAUCGACAUUCAGCCUGAAGCUAGUUGGUUCGGCAUGUAUCAACAGAUAUAUGGCAUUGUGUCUGGAUAUCCCGACUGGCUCAAACAAGCCUAUCCGGAGCGGGGAGAAGCGGAGACAGUCCAGAUCCAGCUCUACGCCUCGACGCCCUAUCUCGGGUUCGCAAAUCCCGCUGGCGGGAUGCCCGUUGACAGGCUCGGGCUGGACCUUCCCAACCCGCCGAUGGGCACCAUGCCGCUGGAGCAGCAACAUGAGGUGGCGGCGCAGAUGAGCAAAGGGAUCAGCGGGAUGUUGCAGGGACAGACUGGACUCAAGGACAGGGUGGAUUGGCGGAUAAGGGCGGAUGCACCAAUCUGCGAGUGUUGCGGCUCUGGACCUCCCAUGUGGGAUCUGGAGCAGGCGGAUGUCGAGAAUGAGGAAUCACGGAGAGGCUGA